GGCGGCUCGUUUCAGAGGCAGGAUUUAGAAGUUGUUCGCACUUUUAAACUAUUUCUUUUUUCAGGAAGUCAGUCGCAAUGAUCUCGUGUUAUGUUCCCAGCAUCUCUCCGCCUCCCUGUAACAUCAACACGCCGUUUAAAGCGCCACGCAGCCGCGUCACUGUUUACAAACAGCUCCGCCGGAAAUGAGGCCAACAAAAACAAGCCGGCCAGCGCGGCGUCACCGCUUAGCCUUUAGCCGUUAGCCCGUCCUGAGAAUCGGGUUUUUUCUCGUUUCGCGCGAUUUUACACCCAGAAAAAAAGUGUUUUAUCGGGCUGGACGCUGUUCUCCGGGCGGCUGUUCCGCAGGGCUUCGACAUGCCGGCGAGCUUUUAUCGCUCAAAGUGCUGAAAGUGCUGAAUAAAACAGCGGCAGUCCAGCUAGCUUAGCCUAGCCGGCUAGCGCGAGAGACGAAUGCCUGCGUAGAGCCUCUCCGGUCCCCAGUUUGGCCUCGGCUCACCUCCCUCGGCCAGGCUGCCCUGCACAGCUGGGCCUGCGGUGCACUGAGCCCGGCGGACAUGCUGUCGAAAUUAACCGAAUAGCGUCAGGCCAUGUCGGAUCUUGGUUCAGAGGCAGUCGACGGGGGGGUAGUAGCAGCUCGUGAAGGGGAACAGAUAGUAGCAUCCAAACCUCAGGAUGAUAAAGUGGCCGCGAAGGAGGAAAGCAGCCAAAGAGAAGACUUGCCGGAGGCCGCUGCACACAGCGAGGGCAGCAGAGCAUCAUCAUGCCAGCAAAUUCCAACUAGCAUGGCUUCCUCAGCGACCUCGGGUCAUGCCGAGGCCAGCGCUGGUCAGGUAGCCGGUGAGAGCCUUCCCGAGGGAGAGGAUUCAGAGGUGACCUAUAGCCGGUCCUCCAUGAACAGCUUAUUGGAGGAAACAACUUCCAUCUCCACAACCACAAUGAAUGUUUCCGAAGAGAACGGUCUGUCCAUGGACGAAUCCCUGACCUCCACCAAGUCUGAGCAGGCCUUGUCUUUGAGUGAUGAUGUCCAGAGCGUCGAACUAGCUGAAGCUGCAGUCCCAUCGUUGACCGAUGACGUAGUAGGUAUGGAGAUGGCUCAGGCUGCAGCUCCAGGGCCGUCGCAGGCGGUGCCGGAGUACUACCUGGUGAAGUGGAUCACCUGGAAGGAGAAGAAGACCCCCAUCAUCACGCAGAGUGAAAACGGGCCGUGCCCUCUGCUCGCCAUCAUGAACAUCCUCUUCCUGCGAUGGAAGGCCAAGUUACCUGCACAGACAGAGGUCGUUACCAUCGAGGACCUAAUGGCUCACCUGGGUGAGUGUGUGUUAUCCAUUAAGCCGAGGGAGAAAGCCGAGGGCAUGGAGCUCAACUUCCAGCAGAAUAUGAGUGACGCCAUGGCGGUGCUGCCGAAGCUGUCCACCGGGCUUGAUGUGAACGUUCGCUUCACCGGAGUGACGGACUUCGAGUACACGCCCGAAUGCAUCGUCUUCGACCUUCUCGACAUUCCACUCUACCACGGCUGGCUGGUGGACCCGCAGAGUCCAGAAAUGGUGUCUGCAGUGGGAAAACUGAGCUACAACCAGCUGGUGGAGAAGAUUAUAGCGUACAAGCACUCGGCAGACAGCAGCAGAGUCAGCGAAGGUUUAAUAGCGGAGCAGUUUCUGGAGUCCACAGCCACCCAGCUGUCGUAUCAUGGCUUGUGUGAGCUCAACACCACAGCUAAAGAGGGAGAGCUGUCUGUGUUCUUUAGGAACAACCACUUCAGCACGAUGAUAAAGCACAAGGGUCACCUGUACCUGCUGGUGACAGACCAGGGCUUCCUGCAUGAGGACGGCGUUGUGUGGGAGAGUUUACACAACGUGGAGGGAGACUGCAACUUCUGCGACUCGGACUUCAGACUGUGCCACCCAUCACAGAAGACCACCACGACUGGCCAGACCACGCCACAGCAGCAGCAGAUGCAGAUCGACCAGGACUACCUGGUGGCCAUGUCUCUGCAGAGGGAUCAGGGUGAAGCUCCUGGACCUUUGAGUGACCUGGAGCUGGCCAGACAGCUUCAGCAGGAGGAGUACCAGCAGCCUCAGCAGCAGCAGCAGCAGCAGCAGCAGCAGCAGGUCUCCGAACAGCAGAUGCGCGGUCAGACGACAGUGUCUCACCACGGAGGGCGGAGGCGAGAGAAGAAGGAUGACACUGAUUGUUCCAUUUUAUAAAUCAGGGCCUUCAAACACCAAA